CCACCGGCCGCCGGCACGGCCCCCCCCCUCCCCCGGUGGUGGCCGCCGGCCCCCCGGCUGCCCGGGCCCGGCAAGCUGGAGUCGCUGAAGCGGUGGCAAGAGGAACGGGUGGCCUGGUGUGAGCGGGGCGUUCAGGUGCUGCUGACCACAGUGGGGGCCUUCGCCGCCUUUGGCCUAAUGACCAUCGCCAUCAGCACCGACUACUGGCUCUACACGCGUGCCUUCAUCUGUAACACCACCAACCUGACCGGGCCCGGCGGAGGCGAGGAGGCCUCCUCCCCACACAGGGAUAAGAAGGAUCCCGGUGGCCUCACCCACUCAGGGCUCUGGAGGAUCUGCUGCCUGGAAGGACUGAAGAGAGGUAUCUGUGUGAAAAUCAAUCACUUUCCUGAGGACACAGACUACGACCAUGACAGUGCAGAGUAUCUGCUACGUGUGGUCCGAGCCUCCAGCAUCUUCCCGAUCCUCAGCGCCAUCCUGCUGUUGCUCGGAGGCGUGUGUGUGGCGGCCUCCCGGGUCUACAAGUCCAAGAGGAACAUCAUCCUUGGGGCCGGGAUCCUCUUCGUGGCUGCAGGCCUGAGCAACAUCAUCGGCGUGAUCGUGUACAUCUCGGCCAACGCGGGGGACCCGGGGGCCAAGCGGGACGACGAGAAGAAGUCGCACUACUCCUACGGCUGGUCCUUCUACUUCGGCGGCCUGUCCUUCAUCCUGGCCGAGAUGAUCGGCGUCCUGGCCGUCAACAUCUACAUCGAGAAGAACCGGGAGGCCCACUGCCAGUCCCGCUCGGACCUGCUCAAGCCGCACGGCGGGGGCGGGGGCCGGGGGCGCGGGGGGCCCGGGGGGGCCGGGGCCGGGGGGCCCUCGGCCAUCCUGCGCCUCCCCAGCUACCGGUUCCGUUACCGCCGCCGCUCGCGGUCCAGCUCCCGCUCCACCGAGCCCUCGCAGUCCCGGGACACGUCCCCCGUGGGCGGCAAGGGCUUCUCGUCCACGGACAUCUCCAUGUACACGCUGUCCCGGGACCCGUCCAAGGGCAGCGUGGGCGGCGGCGCGGGGGCCGGCGGCGGGGCGGGCACCGGCGGGGCGGGCGCCGGGGGGGCGGGCACCGGGGGGGCGGGCACCGGGGGGGCGGGCACGGCCGAGCGGGAGCGGGGCGGCUUCCUCACCCUCCACAACGCCUUCCCCAAGGAGGGAGGGGUCACGGUGACGGUGACGGGGCCCCCCGCCCCUCCCGCCGCCGCCGCCGCCGCCGCCCCCGGGCCCGGGCCCGCGCCCCCCGCCACGGGCACCCUGGGCAAGGAGGCGGCCGGGGCCUCCAACACCAACACCCUCAACAGGAAGACCACGCCCGUGUAGGACGCCGGGGCCCGGGACCCUCGACGGCGGGACAGGACCGGACCCGGGGAGGGGG